CAAAACUAUUUGAAACUACAAUUAUGCCCAUUAUAUUCGAGGAUUGUGAAGAAUUCUUUAAAUUCAAAGGAUAUUCUUUUUUUUUUUUUAUCAAACCUAAAACAGCAGCCGACUAACAUCUUCAUAAAUAAUUAUUGAGGAAAGAACCGAAAACUCACAUUGCCUCUAAUAAACUCAUCUUCCAACAAAAAAAAAAGAGUAGAAAACAAUUGGACUCUGCGAUUAUUAAAGCCUUUCGAACGACGAUGCAUAUCCAAGCGAAAUCUACAAUACAUGUGAAAACGAAGGCGAUGAAAUGGUUGUUCGUUUGAUCAGAUUUGCCAAUAUAUGAACGUGGGAGGUAAAUAACAUUCUAAAUUUCUCAAUGGCUUAAUAAGAGUCAUCUGUGAUUAUUGUUAGGGGUGGAUUUUACCCCAAUAAUAGGUCCAGUCCAGAAAAGGCCCAAAAAGAUUAAUAGGCUGAACAGGGUAUUUUGGUCUUUUCAGAUGACGAACUGACACAAUAUUCUAUAAAUAGUGAAUGUACGGCGUACGGCGAGGGGACACAGAAAAACAGAGAAGGAAUUCGUACAAGAGAACAGGUUUUCGCAGUAUCGAUUAGUCGAGCUCUCAGCUUGACAAUUGUUUCCUUCUCGUCGUUUUAUAGAUCGUAGUUACCAAUUGUAGCCCGACUUUUUCAUAUAUAAAAGAGAACUUCGACCCUCUAAAUACCGAACUAAAACUCUCUAAUUGUACCGAUCUGGACAUCAACAAUUUGUCGCGCCAGGUAGGGGGAACCAAGUCGAGAUUCUCUUGGAAAGUUUGAAGAACGGACCUACAACAUAUACGCGAGAUGACCAUAGCCACAAAGGAAGGAAGCAAGGAAGCCGGAUCGUCAGGGGGAACAACAACCCCGGCAGCGGAUCAAGUAGAACAGGCGGUCCUCCCAACCCCGGAUGCUCCAAGAAAGGCUGCUACAGUGGAGAGUCCAGAAGCGUUCGUCAUCGCAAGAAAUCUAGCGAGCCCGACGAUCACAGAACCGACUCUGAACCCAGCGAAACUCACCCUGAUCAAUAGCCAGCCCGUCUCCAGCAUAGACAAGCUAUUCCGCGGGAUCUUAGCACCCCUCGACCAACAGAAACAACGAACCAAUACUCGAUUGGACGCAUUAACCGCAACACAGGUCGGAUCCCAGGAGGAAAUCAACCAUCCCCAGGUCUGCUCACUUUCGGGAUAGCACUCGGCCCCCUGCAGUUCAGCCCGACAGAAUACGAUGCUAGAGCAUGCCAAGUCUUCGCCGAGCACUUUACCGGAGCAGCUUUAAGUUGGUUUUCGUGGCUCCCAUCCGGAUCGAUUGAUAGUAUCAAGGAACUGAUAAUCGAGUUUUUAAAGCAGUUUUCCGUUUUGAUGGAAAACAAGAACUCCCAUGCCGAUCUGUACACACUGACUCAAGGGCGAAACGAAUCACUUCGAUCUUUCAUCGGACGUUUUAAAGAAGUCGUUGUUAACGUCUCAAUUCCAGACGCUGCAGCUAUCGUUGCACUCAAAAACGCGUUGUGGUACGAAUCUCGGUUUAAAGAAGAGUUGUCCUUGACCCAUGUAGAAACCAUAGUCGACGCGUUACUACAAGCUGCGAAGCACAUAGAAGUCGAAGAAGAAAAGGUGGUCAACGCUAAGAAGCAUGCCCACAGAAACAAGCAUCGCAGCCAAGCCACCAACAGUCACAGCUCCAAAGGUCGACCACGUUGAGCCGCGCCAGCACUUCUCC